GCUAACAUUCAUUCGAUUGCUGUGGACGGUCGCACGGAGUUCACCUGGGAAACGGUUGCGCGGUUUCCAUUCCAUCAAAAAUAUCAUGCUUAUAAUCGACUUAUUAAUCAACGAUUAACCAAAAUAAAAUUCGUCAAAUAAGAGGUUCAAAAAAAUAAAUCUGGAGAUGUCCUCAGCAACUACCGGAAUACAAAAGACAGGUUUUAAAAACUCUAGAUUUGUCAGGAGCUUUGCGGUGAGAAAAAGAGAAUGUAAGUAAGGGAAGAUGUUUACAUUUACCAAGUUUAAAUUUACUUAAGGAUAAAACGAAUUUUAAAAAAGGCUGUAUAUGUAUAUUCAGACAAUUGGAUUUGGUUGGAGCAUAUGAUUAUCUGCUGAUUGGAGCCCUACAAUUUAUCGGUGGACAGUUAAGAGGGCUUCCUUACCUAUAGAUUGAAUUACAUAUAUUUUUUCAAUCUUCCGUUUCGUUGCAUUGAAAGGUUAAGCAUUAAGAAAAAUUGGUCUAAUUAACGAGUGAUGUAUUCGUUAAAAAGAAAGACUAUUGAAAAAGUUUCUACCCGAUUGGUCUUAGUAGGGUUUUCACCUUUCUUUCCCACUGACAGCUAAAAAAAACCAAAAGGAAACCCUGUCAGGUUGUGACUUUACUUUUAGCCUAAUUUUCUCAGAGACGUUUGCAUAUUGCAAUAGCCACGCCACAGCUAUGGCCCCAAGGAAAUGGAUCUCGAGGAUUGCAUCACGCAGUCUGGCGACAGUGGAGCAAGUGACUAAGCGCACCAACUGCCGCUCGGUUGGCACCCAAACCGAUGUCCUGGCUAAGGGUCCGGCAAAGCGCAAGAAGGUCCAGAACAAGGUCAAGUUUCUGUCUUCGCAGCCACCGCCGUCCCAGUACUUGGCCAUCCACCUGAUGCCGGCAGUCAAUCCACAGGCAACUGAAACAAUAAAACGGCGUCCGGCUACAUUCUCAUAUUUUCUCCCCGGUCCUAAUGAGAAGUCUUCCCAGGCGGUGGCCGACCGAAUCGCUGACGCAACCGAUCGGGUCAUCACCGCAAGCUCCGGAGAACGGCAUAUAAGCUACCUGAGGUCUGUGGUGAGCAACCGCCGCGAAGAGGCCAACCAGUGGGAUCGUAACCGUCUGAGAAUUCUGCUGGCCCAGAUCAAUGGCGAUCCACCGCCACGCUGGAACUCGGCCACCCAGUUGUGGCUAGAGGUCGACAUGCUGGAGAAGCGCAUAGAGGCCUACGACCAAGGGGAACUGCCGAAUGCCAAGAAUCGCAAUUUGGACAGGAAGAAGGAUAAGGGGCCGUCAGAUGAAGAGGACCAGCGGAUGACUUUAAAGGGAACGCGCCGUACAUAGACGGAUCACCCUUGGCACCUUUUCAUACUACGAAACUCGAAUAUUUUAUAUUCAAUGGCUAAUCUAUUAAGUCGAACUCGACACAUUGCAUUUAUUUGUACACACAAAAAAUGGAUUCGUUCAAAUCCUUAAGCGAUUCAUUAUUUAAUUAUGCUCACUAAAUAAGUUAUGGCGAAAUAUUGAUUUGCAAUCAUUACAGUGGAAAAUGGUACUUUGGCCGUAUCUUAAAGCAAAUAAAUCAGCGAAGGAUAUGGAUUUUUUUAAUUACCGUAAAAUAGAUUUAUAAUUUUAAGGACGCAAGCGUCAGCAUCAUCAUUGAUGAUGAUUGAUUUUUUAAACAACGCAUUUUUGACGACCUUUUGCUGUAAUUGAUUUUUGGUAGAAUAGCCCGAUAUGCCAGACCAUAUUUAAAGCAGCCGUCCCAUUUUGGGCUUCAUUCCGGGCAGCCAUGCGAUUCGGUCUGUUUUUUAAUUGCAAAACAAGUGCACUGUGGUUUUUUAUGCGUUUUUUUUUGGCAGAAAUUCGAAAUGAUGACCUAUCUUCACCAAAUUUGGUUUGUGUUACUCUUUUCUUCCCCCAAGAUGAUUCACAAAGUUUCAAGUGAUUUGGUCAGCUUUCAUAUAUCUGCCAUAUAAACGAUCUGGCCGAUAUGCCAUAAAAAUAUUUAGCUUACAAAAAAAAAAAAAUUUUGUAUCUAUAUUUAAUUAUAUUAUAUUAGCAUCAUAUUUAGCAUCAAAAAUAUCUGAAUUAAAAUCAUUCACAUUCAUUAAAUGCGUUGACUUUGCUCCGCAAAUCGGGCAACAUUGGCAAGAGUU